AUGAGUUCCACGUGUAACUCUGCUGUUGCCGAAGUGGCAAUUUCGUAUUUUGGUACACUACCAACAUUUCAGUACGAAUUAAUACGAAUUUCUAGCAUGAACCCAUCGUUGAACUGGCACCAUGCAAAUGCACCCACCAUGCACCCUCGAUGCGCAAAGCUCAAACUCAAAAAUUCCAAACAGCAAGAUCCGAUCCACUCUUCUGACUCGCAUUACCUUCCUGUCUUGUAUCGGGAUUUAUUCCGUAGAGUAGGAAUAAGGUUAAUCUUCGUGACAACAUCGGGCUCAUAA